AUGUGUAUCGCAGUUUCAGCUCUUGGUCCCAUCACGAUGACAACACCACGAGUCUUCAUAAUCCGCCACGGCGAGACAGAAUGGUCCCUCAACGGCCGCCACACCGGCACCUCCGACAUCCCCCUCACAGCCAACGGCGAGAAACGAAUCCGAGCAACCGGCAAAGCACUAGUCGGUGACGACCGCUUAAUCGUCCCCAAGAACUUGGCACACAUCUACGUCUCCCCUCGCAAGCGUGCACAGCGGACUCUUGAGCUGCUGGGUUUGGGGUGUCCGGAUCCCAUACCGUGGCAACAGCACGGGAAGGUGGAGGAUGUGGAUACAAGAGCGACGAAGGCGAAGGUGGAGGUUACGGAGGGGAUUAGGGAGUGGGAUUAUGGCGAGUAUGAGGGGGUUACGAGUAAGGAGAUUCAGGCGCGGAGAAGGGAGAGGGGGAAGGGGGAGUGGGAUAUUUGGAGGGAUGGAUGUCCUGGGGGAGAGUCACCACAGCAGAUUACGGAGCGUCUUGAUGCGUUGAUUGCGGAUAUCCGGGAAAGAUUCCAUGCCCAUGCGAUCGGGCAGCCGAAGGGAUCUGUCAAGGAGCCCUUCGAUGUGCUUAUCGUUGCGCAUGGACAUAUUCUCCGGGCUUUUGCGGGCCGGUGGGGUGGGAAGAAUAUUGCGGAUAACCCAAAUUUGAUACUGGAAGCUGGCGGUGUUGGUACACUCAGCCACGAGCAUCACAGCCUGGACGAGCCUGCGAUUCUGCUGGGAGGUGCUUUCAUGUCGGAUAUUGUUGAGAAUGCUGAGGCGCCGAAGUAG